CGGUGAUCCCAGACACAAGACUGUCUGUGCAUUGGCUCUGUAUGGUGCUCGAAGCUGGGUUCUACUACCUAACUGAGGUAGGAUCCCCACUGAUUUUCAUUACACUUGGGCACCUACCUCCAUUAGAGACCUCUGCAAGGGCAGCCUAGAGCACAGUUGUGUUGCGGGAGAAAGUACAAUAUAUUUAAGCCAUUCCCCUAAACCCACAGAGUAAGGAGGGGGAUGGGACUUCAAUCGAGACAUUUCCUGGUUUGAGGGGAUGUUGGCCAUUUUAGCCCACACACGAGCUGCCUUUACACAGUAUAACCCCGCUCACCUCCUCCGGUGACAGCCAUGGCUGGGGAAAUAGUCCCUGCUGAUUUAAACAUCCCUGGAGAGCCUUCCUCCAGAGGCAAAGUGGCUCCAUCUCAGCAUCACAAUCGCCCGAGGUGCCCGUACUGGCAUCGGCUGGCUCUGGGCCUCACAUUGGCUGGGAACGUCGUGCUGCUGGGAGUGGUGACGCGGCUGGCUGCUCGGGGUUCCCUGAACCCAUCACUGACCGGAGCCGUCCCAAAAACGAUGGAGAACGAAACCUCAGCUCAGCCCAGUCCUAAAGGAAGAGGAUGCAGCGACUUGGAGGAGUUCCGCUCUCGCCUGCGGCAACAUUUGUGUUAUACACAAAACAACCAGCCAGCAGAGGGUUCCAGCUGCAAACUCUGCCCCAAGGACUGGCUGCUGCAUGGGAACAAGUGUUACUGGGUUUCUACAGCGAUUAAAAGCUGGGAGUGGAGCCGUGACGACUGUUUAAUGAAGAGAGCACAACUGCUGGUGAUCGAUGACCGGGAGGAGAUGGCGUCCAUGUGGAAUAUUACACGGGACCAACAUCAGGUGUGGAUUGGACUUAACAUCACAUCCCCAGGCAGGACGUGGACCUGGCCGGACGGAUCCCCGUUAAAUCAAACACUGUUCCCAGUUUCGGAUCCUAAGCAAGAGAGUAACUGUGCCUCUGUGAAGAAAAACAAGAUCCAUUCUGAAAUCUGCCAAACUGAGUUGAAAUGGAUUUGCCAGAAAGCAGCUGUCCUAGUUUAAGGAGUUGGAUUUGUGAGCUCUGUUUGCACAGGUUGA